CAUAUAUCAAGAUGGUGAUAAGAGCGGAAAGAACCCGGGGGCACAUUCGCGACAGUCUAUCGAGCGGACUGAACGGACGUCUAAUCAAGGGCGCUUGAAGGAGCAGGCGUCGGAAGCAGCAGGUGGCAGCUCGGCGCCGCUUGAAGGCGCCGAGGCAUCGAGCGCUCCGCCCGGGGGGUCGAAGCACCCGCUGGCCUUGGGCGCCCCCCGGUUCACCGCCUGUCCGUCUUUCCACGAGCGUGAAAAUCCCAACCAUGUCAACACCGUGAGCAUCAACACCGCGAAGGCGGUGCGGAUGCUGUGGUGCGACACGGCCGGCAUCCGGCGCUGCAGGGUCAUCCCCAGCCAGCGCUACAAGCGCGCUCUGUCGCAGGGCGUGUGCAUCACCACCGCAUGCAUGGCCAUGCCCGCAUACGGCGACUCGCCCGUGGCCGCCUCCGGCCUGUCGGCGGUGGGUGAGGCGCGCAUGGUGCCCAUUGAGUGCACCCGUGUGGCGCUGCCCUGGGCGCCCGGCCACCACAUGGCCCUGGUGGAGUUCGAUGCGCCCAAGAGCGACGGGCCCUGGGAGUGCUGCCCCCGCCGGGCGCUGCGAAAUACCGUCAAAAUGAUGGAGGAGAACUUCGGACUCACCAUGAAGGUCGGCUUCGAGAUUGAGUUCCUGCUGCUAGAGCCAGUGCCGGGCAGCGGCGCGGCAGCCGGAGCCGCGGGGGCCGCCGCCGCCGCGCCGCGGUGUGCCGGCGCCGGUGGGGAGCUGUACGGCACCGGGUGGCGGCCGGUGGACAACAAGCUGUACUGCCAGAGCAGCGCCAUGGACCGCAGCGCGGCAGUCCUGGACGCUAUGGUGGCGGCGCUGGAGGAGAUGGGCAUACCCGUGGAGCAGUGGCACCCCGAGUCCGCGCCGGGCCAGUUUGAGGUGGUGCUUGCCUACACGGACACGGUGGCGGCGGCGGACCGCCUGCUGCUGGCCAAGGAGGCCAUUGUGGGCGUGGCGCGCAGCCACGGCCUCAACGUGUCCUUCCUGCCCAAGCCCGUGCGCAACGCCGCCGGCAGCGGCUGCCACAUGCACCUCAGCCUGUGGAAGAACGGAGUCAAGUGCAUGGCGGUCACCGACGGCGGCUCAUUCAGCGCCGCCGCCGCAUGCGUCACCGCCGCCGCCGCUGGGACCUUCCGGAUCCCUGGCGGCGCAGACGCGAAGGCCGCCAGCAGCACCACCGCCAGCAGCGGCCGCGGCGGUGGCUCGUCGCUGGCUCCGACGGCUGCCGCCGCGCCCGGCUCCGCCGCCGGCGCCGGAGGCGACGUGUUUCAUGACGCGCCCGACAUGGACCCCACCUCGUCCUCUAUCCAGCGGCAGCAGAACCAGCGGCCGGAGGAGAGCGCGGAGGAGCGCCCGGUGCUGGUGGGUGGCGCGCCCGUGCCCAGCAACGAGCACAUGCACUUCCUGGCCGGCCUGCUGGCCUACCUGGACGUGCUGCUGCCCUUCACGUCGCCCUCGCCCAACUCCUUCGCGCGCAUGCAGCCCGGGGCCUGGGCGGGCGCACACACCGCCUGGGGCUACAACAACCGGGAGGUGCCGCUGCGCGUGACGGCGCCGGGACCCACUCGCCUGCUGGACAUGCACCUCGAGUACAAGGCAAUGGACGGAACCAUCAACCCCUACAUCGCCACCGCGGCGGUCAUGGUGGCUGGCAUGCUGGGCCUGUUCGUAAAGCUCGUGCCGCCGGAGCCGUGCCAGGUGCCGCCCAGUGAGCUGGCCGCGGAGGCGGCGGCGCGGCUGGGCGUCAAGCCGCUGCCGGGCUCCCUGGAGGAGUGCCUCAAGCUGCUGCAGAGCACACGCGGCGGCGAGAACCUGAUGACCGGCCUGACCGAGGCGCUGGGCGAGCCGCUGCUGCAGGCGUUCCUGGCGGUGCGCGCGGCGGAGGCGAGCCACGCGGCGCACGACCUGCCCGGUGACCUGCUGCUGAGGUACACGUGAGAGGGGCAGGUGCAUGGAAGGGCAGGGAAGGAGGCGGGUGAGUGAGAGGUUGGACUGUGGGCGGAAGCUCGGUAACUGCAGAAUUUGGGGACUUUGGUCGAUGCUUGCUUGUGGCGUAACGUGGUCAGGAUGGCUGCGAACGUGGAAUGAGUUGAAGGGAUGGACCGGGCUGCGUGGGCAGGCGCAUGAGUUUCUAGGUGGCUAGCGGAAAGGACUGUACGGAUUACUGGAAGACUUAGGGCGCAUUUUGCGGUGUUCUUGCCAAAACUUAUAACAGUAGUUUAGCGCUGUGUUGGUUAUUGCGUUGGGCGGCAUGAAAUGCUGGAGCAGGAGUGGUACUCUGUACGGUACAUGUAACAUGUCAGGUCGAUUGCUCUGUGGGCUGGCUUGCCGGAAGGAGAUUAUGGAGACUGUCAAAUACGGUAGGACGUCAAGGUGCAUUAACUGUUCGUGACGAUGUUAAAAAUAGAUAAAUGGCGGUUCUAGGACAGCUGACCCCCAACUAACGCGUGUACGGCACCCAAGCCCCGCCCCCAGCCGUACAGGAGUUUGCGUGGGAGUCGGCAGCAACGCGAGUGUGAGCAGGUAGUUGCACGACGGGCCGGCUCGGAAGCUACCUGACUACAGUGGCACACAUGGGCACUUGGCGCUGCUUGGCGCUUGGCAGGCGCGCGAGUGGGAGUGGGCAGUUGAGCGCGCACGCGUGUGGGAAGGCAGGGAAGCUGUGACAGAGUACGGCGGAGCACGGUGGAGGCUGGCGCUUGGCGCACCGCGCGAGUGGGAGUGCAUAGUCGUGCACACGCCGCUUGGGAAGCUGCGUGUGAGCUGCGUGUUAAGUAAGAUGAGAUAGAGACGCAUGGGCUGACUCUGUUUCGAUAAGCUGACGCGGCGCACACGGUUUCACACGGUUGGCGCUGAUGGGACCCGAGCGCGGCGAUGGCAACGCCAGGCGCCCCGCCGCGUUGACACUGGGACAGCGCGGCGGGACUGAUUGGAGUGCAAGACGGUGGCUGGGCGCAGGCGCCGGCGGGGAAAAGGGACUGUUCACGAUACUCGGCCGAAACUAGGCCGAAAUUGCGUCAGUUCAUGGUCACAUAUGAAUAUGCGGGACACUAUCAAUCAGGUAAAAGAUGCGAGCCGCGCUGGAGUGGCAGAUUCGUAGUGGGAUACCUGUGCCACCAAGGUGGUGCGGAAAGCCAUCGAGAAGCUGCCAGACUGUAGUGACACGUAGUGACACACGGUUGUUGACGUGAGUUGGGAACUUGAACCACUGGACGUCUGGACGCAUAUCUUUGGAAGGCGGACAGCGGAGAUCUCCACCAGUACC